AUGUGCACGAGUAACCAAGACGGAAACUCAUAUAAUACCAGAGAAGCAAGUUUGAAAACUGUUGGUUUCCGGCGAUCAUUCAAUUUCGACUGUCUUCCUUCAAAUCCGAUUUAUGAGGGUAACACAUCCCACAACCUGAUCACUGAUACUGUCAAUCCGCCUGGCCAGUCUAUCAAAAGCUUGCCGCGAAGGUUGGAUAAACCUACUACCUCUGUGACAAUUUUCUCCGUCUUCGCAUUGUCGAAAAUCCCUCCAGAACCUGGUCCCAAUAUAUCACAAAAUGUCGCGCAAUUGGACACACCUAAUUCAUCGUUGAGGAACGGCUAA